UACGAACUCGAGAUCCUGCACGAUCGUCCCAAGCCGCCACCACCUUGUCGAUUGCGUCGGGACGACUCGCUUAUGAAGUGGUCCAGCACUCGACUCAUGCACCGCAUCCUCAGAUACAACCCACUUUUGUCGCAAUCACCUAGGUGGCGAUAAUUCGCCACAGCAGCUCUUGAAUCUCACACCAGUACCACCCGCAGCACCCGUACCCAGCAGCACUAUCGGCCAAGGCAAGUUUGACGGAGGAUUGCGUGAACAAGGAAGAAAGUAGGGUGUCCACAUUACCCCGUCAUGGGGACGAAAAAGAAGAAAACGCAGCUCAAGCCAGUGGCGAGAGGCUUUGCGACCACCUCUGUGCCGAAGAAGGUAAUCCCUGUGGCAGACGUCGCCGAAGAUAGCGAUUCUCCAGCAGAUCUCAAGGAACCCGAGGUCAAGGGAGAUCCAUCUUCAUCAUCCAGCGAUGUCACGAAAAAUCCCGAAGAUGCGUCAGGACAGACUCUGGGUGAUGUAGAUGCCGGUCUCCAAGGACUUGUGGACAAGUUCCAGGACAAGACGGAGAAAGACAUCGUUAGAACCAUCAAGGCCAUCGAACAGGAAAGGCGUUUCGCUGAGACCAUGAAAUCUCUGGAAUUCGACUCAACCCUAGUACAACGUGUGCUAGAGCUAUCGAUCGAGUCCGAGCGCCGAGAACUUGAGCCUAUCGUCGACGAAUCAGCAGAGAAGGCAGUAUCACGUCUGGCUGUCACCUAUGGGGUCCUCAGACGGCUAGGUUUCUCAGAAGAGAGAGUGGAAGAAUGCCUACGAGCCAUCAAUGGAAUCGACCUGGAGGAGGCUUUCGAUUGGCUGCACCUGCACUGCACCGAUGACGAGUUACAGGUAGACAAGGACGUCGAUGGUACUGAGGCGACAAAUUCCAAAUCAGCCAGCGUCCCUUCGACUCCUCGGACAACACAACAUUCAAUACCUGGUCGCAGCCGUCCUGACAUCCCGUCGUCGUCGAUGCCACAGUCCCCGCAAAAGACAGGGUUCUCGGGACAUCUUGACGCCAGUGCGCCGGUUUUCGUGCCCAGCGGCCUCUCUUCGCCCUACACGCCUCAAGGCAAAGCUCAAUUUUCAGUGCCAGGGGACGAGACACCGAGUUCGAAUACUCAUAGCUCGAACAGCUCUGGGAGCUGGUCCCCGAUUGAUGAUCCAAAUGCCACCUUCGUGCAACUAAAGAUGCAGAUAUCAGCACUCACUACGCAUCGACAACCUGGCGAAACACGAGACGCAUCUUUUCUGCAUGAUUUGCAACGGCGCCUCGAGGAAGUGAAGAAGGAUUAUCUCUUUGAUGAAGCUGAGGCCGAAAGCCAAUUCCGUAUCGAGCGCGAGAGGGCCGAUGCUCGUCUACUGCAGUCGAAACUGCGUGGGACUAGUACACCGACAUCUCCUAUAACUCCCUCGACCCCGAGUCCUUCAGCGCCUCGCAAGCCGAAGACUAUUCAGACACAGCCUUCUGACUCUGGAGGUGACGCAGAGGAGGACAUCUUCGACGAGGAAGAGUCGGCAGGCGGGAUGUUCGAACUUCUGGAAGCAAUGCCUACAACUGAAGUCGCGCAGAACGGGACAUCGGUGAAUGUCCGGGAUAUGGCUCUUCCAAAGCAUUGGUCCGGUCGCACUCCGAAGUCUGUGCUGGCGGAGCGGGUGCACAAAGUCGACAGGUUUGCCGCUAUCAUGUAUGCCGACGUCUCAGGAACUAGUCGCGCGAAGAGGGCCAAGGUUGAUAUCCGCUGGACUGGUGGCAAAACAGAUUUAUGGUCCAUGGACGACGUAGCAUGCCAUGACAUGUCGCAGGCGGAGCAGUACAUCUCAACUGUAGCUCUGCAUGCUCUCGCGUUUCCUCAGUCUGAGGGAUUCGCAUUGGGUGCUACGGCAGGUACGAACAGUCAGACAGCUUUCAGAUUGUUGCCUGCUAUCCAUCGUGAUCUAUGGGACGAGCUCGAGAAGCAGAGACUCGCGCAAGACAAUGCCAUCAAUCGCGGUAUAUGGACCAAACUGAAUUCUAUGUUGGAACCGAAGCUGAAGACCGAACGAGAGGCUACGGAGAGGAGUGCGAAGCUUGCAACCGAUCUCAAGCAGCGUCAUGGAAGCCGAAGCUACUUUGUCGGGAGUGACCUGAAUCCCGAGCAGAUUAUGGCUGGCUUUCAAGCACGUCAAACAAAUCCCGCAUACCAGGACAUGCUUCGCCAGCGAGAGCAGCUUCCUAUCGCACAGUAUCGCAAUGACAUCGUCGCGGCUCUGGAGACGUCUCAAAUCCUAGUACUGAGUGGUGAGACCGGCUGUGGGAAGUCUACUCAAGUACCCUCCUUCAUUCUUGAAGAUCAUCUGUCGAAAGGCAAGCACUGCAAAAUCUAUUGCACCGAGCCUCGCCGGAUCUCUGCGAUCUCGCUGGCGCAGCGUGUGUCGCGAGAGUUGGGCGAGCCUGCCGGUGCAGUGGGUACAGCCGGGUCCAUAGUAGGAUACUCCAUCCGUUUGGAGAGCAACAUCACGAACAGGACACGUUUGGCGUAUGUCACGAAUGGUAUCGCUCUACGCAUGUUAGAAGGCGGGUCGGGUCAGGGAGGUCAGGGAACGGCUUUCGACGAAAUCACGCACAUAAUCAUCGAUGAAGUUCACGAACGCACCAUCGAGUCUGACUUCCUGCUGAUUGUUCUCAAGUCCCUGCUCCUAGAGCGCCCCGAGCUCAAGGUCGUUCUUAUGUCUGCUACUGUAGAGGCGGAGAAGAUCUCGAACUACUUCGGCGGUGCUCCUGUCCUCUAUGUGCCUGGACGAACCUUCCCUGUCGACGUCCGCUUCUUGGAGGAUGCUGUGGAGUUGACUCAAUGGAAACUCACUGAGGGAUCUCAAUAUGCUCGCCGUGGAUAUGACAAGUUCUCACGAAGCAAGGCACGCAACGAAUGGUCCGAGGACGCUGUCCCUGUGGACGACGAUGACGAUGAGACAACGCAGGAGAACGUCAAGCUCGAGAAACGGUACUCGGCCUUGACCGCCAACACAAUCAAUCUACUCGACGAACGUCUCGUACCCUUCGAUCUCAUCGUCCGCCUUCUGGAACGCAUAUGCCUUGAGGACGCUGCCUACGCUACGUAUUCGGCGGCAGUUCUAAUCUUCAUGCCUGGGAUGGGCGAGAUUCGACGACUGAAUGAUCUCUUGAUGGAGCACAACGCCUUCGGUGCUGAGGACCGGUUCAGGGUCUAUCCGCUGCACUCCACGAUCUCGAGCGAGCAGCAAGGGGCAGUAUUUGACAUCCCGCCCCCUGGGAUACGCAAGAUCGUGAUAGCGACGAACAUCGCCGAGACUGGUAUCACUAUUCCUGACAUCACGUGCGUCAUCGACACAGGAAAGCAUCGCGAAAUGAGGUUUGACGAGAAACGUCAGAUCAGUAGACUCGUGGAGACGUUCAUUGCCAGGAGUAAUGCUGCUCAGAGGCGCGGCCGUUCAGGCCGUGUUCAGUCUGGACUCUGUUUCCAUCUCUUCACCAGGAUUCGUCACGACACAAGGUCAGGCCUUCUAACUCCGUAUCUUCUGGCUGCUCAUCCCGACCCGGAGAUGAUGCGCCUGAGUCUCAGCGACCUCGCAUUGCGUAUCAAGAUCAUGAAGGUGAAGCUUGGCACGACCAUCGAAGACGUGCUGUCUCGGGCAUUGGAUCCGCCACUCCCCGUGAACAUUCAACGUGCUGUCUCUGCCCUGGUGGAGGUCCGGGCUCUGACUCCUUCAGAGGAGAUCACGCCCAUGGGUCGCUUGUUGAGCAAGCUACCAACCGACGUGCACCUUGGGAAGUUCUUACUCACAGCUACGCUCUUCCGCUGUCUGGAUCCAGCCCUUACCAUUGCGGCCACCCUCAAUGCCAAGUCUCCCUUCGUCUCACCAAUGGGGUUAGAGCAAGCAGCUGAUCGCGCAAAGAUGUCUUUCCGCGUCGAGAACUCUGACUUUCUGACCAUCCAUAACGCCUUUGCAAGUUGGCGGCGUGCAUGUGCUAACGGCCAAGCCCAAGCGCGAAAGCUCUGCAAAGAGUACUUCUUGAGCUAUCAAAAUCUGCAACAAAUCGAGGAGCUCCGGCAGCAAUUCCUUGGAUAUCUGGUCGACUCGUCGUUUUUGCCAGCGGACAACGCGUUCGUGCGUGAACUGAGUCGAGCACGAUACAACCGAAGCCGGACACGUUUCGUCACUGUGCCGCCGGACAUGGAUGCCUGCAGCGGGAACGUGCACCUCCUGAAUGCCGCUCUCGCAGCUGGCCUGUACCCGAAGAUCCUGUCGAUCGACCCUUCUAAUGGCGCGCUGAAGACCAUCUCGAACAACCAGCUAGUCGCUUUCCAUCCGUCGUCGGUCAACUUUGGCAAGCGGGCGACGGAGUUUGGGGUCAACCAUUUGUGCUACUUCACGUUGAUGCAAUCGAAGAAGCUGUAUGCAUGGGAGACGGGACCUGUAGAUGACUUGGCCAUGGUCCUGCUCUGCGGAGAACCUGAAUUCAAGAUGGCCGCCGGCCUUGUGUACAUCGACCGGAAGAUCAAGUUCCGUUUCUCACCCAAGACUGGGGUCGCUCUCAAGCUCCUCAGGACUCAACUGGGCUCGUUGCUAUCAACACAGAUGCGAACGAGACCGCUGUCGGAAACGCAGGUGCUAUGGAAUGAUCUCGCUAUGAUGGUUUUGGGGAAGGUCAGACCAGAGGAGCCAGGAAGACAACUGGAUAGUAUAACGCUGGUAGUCAACAGGCCAUCAUGACUACUCAUGACACUUACAGUAGAACGUAUGCACAAUAUGAUCUGACCAAGACAAUCCAUGCCCUGCAAC